GAGAGAGAGGGAGGGUAUAUAGCUGCUCCCUGCUCUCUCCAACUAUCUUCCCGAGCGUAUCUCUCUUCUCGGGAUUUCAGGACUCUAGGCAAUUAAAACGUCCUCCUCCUCCUCCCGCGCAUCGAUAUUCCGGCGAUUUCGUGCGAGAGAGAGAGAGAGAGAGAGAGAGAGAGCAGCGCGUGCGAAAAAGAAGGGUCACGAGCCUUGACUUUUAUCUCUUAAUUAAUACGACUCCAGCGACUCUCUUCCUUUGUCGUCGCACGCCGGAUUAUUUAACGCGAGCCAUCCGUCCGAUGAGAGAAAAAUUUCAAAACACGGAGCGAGCGCAUAGCAGGCAUCAUCCUCGAGAGAUAUCCCGAGAUAGAGGAAGGGCGCGCGGGCGGAUUCGGGACGGGCUAGAGAAGAGGGGACACGAGAGCGCGCGAGAGAGAUAAGGAAUCUAAACACAGCGCGCACGGAGAGUCAGAGCGGAGACUGCUGCGCCAGUUGCGAUACGGCGAUCGCGAGAGUAGGGGGGCAGCGAGAGAGUGAGAGAACGAGAAGGGGGGGAUAGCGCUUACGCAUCGGCGUGCGCGCCUCCAUUAGGGACGCGGACGCUCCGGGCGACGCUCGCGCGCUCGUCGUCGUUGCUGCGCUCCUUUUUUCGAAACUCGCGCCCGCGCUACUGUGCUACGGUUCUUCUUGUGCUUCUUCUUCUUCUUCUUCUUCUUCUUCUUCUUCUUCUUCUGCUGCUGCUGCUGCUGCUGCUGCUGCUUCUGCUACCCGAGACAUGGUUCUGCUGGCCAGGAGGAUUUCCGGUUUUAAAUGGGAGGAUGAGGAGUGGAGCGAUUCGGAGAAGACACCGUCCGUGAGCAGCGGUCUGGAAGGCGGCGGCUCAGCGGUCUCCAGUCCCUCGGGUGCGGGUCAGCUCGCAGAGCAGGACGAGCUCGUCGCGCUGCCUCCGCCGCCGCGGCUCAGCGUCCUGCCCGACGAUGCCAGGAAGCGGCUCGCCUCUCUCACCGAAGACUACGAGAAGCAGCAGCGCAACCAGGUCCCCUCGCGGCCGAACUCGGUGCAGGACUCGAGCCCCAAGUCCCACGUCGACGAGGACUCGAACAUGGCGGUGCGCGAGGAGGAGAACAGCAGCAGCGCCGGCGGCAGGGCGUCCUCGGCCUCGUCCUCCAGCAGCGGCGCGGCUGUCGCUGCUCCGAACGGCAACGGCCGUCGCGGCCGGAGCGAGCUGACGACGUCGACGAGCGGCCGCAGGGACUCCGAGGACUCGAGGCGCUCCUCCGACGAGGUGACGCUGCUGUCCGAUGCCAAGAGGCCGAGGCUCGAGGACGAGCUCAGCGGCGCGGCCUCCGCACCCAGGCUGAGACUGAACGCUAGUCUGGCGACGGACCCGGCACUCAGACCGCAGGCCGUCGCCGCCCUGACCAUCAAGCCCGAGAGCGCCGCCUCGCCGCCGAACCCCGCGCCGCCGCUGCCCGCCGGACUCCAGAACGCGAUAGCGACUGGCCGGCUCUUCGUCCUGCCGAACGACGGCAAGGACGGCCUGAGCGUGGAGGCGGCCAUGGCUGCCGGUCGACCCGCCGCCCUGAUCUGCCCGCCCUGCGGCAUCCGGUUCAGCUCGGCGAGCACGCUCGACGCCCACCAGAAGUACUACUGCUCGCACCGGCCGCGACUCGAGAGCGACGCCGAGAACAACGAUGACGACGAGGACAAGGCCAGCUCGACCGGGCCCGGCUCCAACAGCGGCAAGUUCGAGUCGCGCAAGGCCUACGCCUGCCCGCACUGCUCCUACAGCGCCGACAAGAAGGUCUCGCUCAAUCGGCACAUGCGGAUGCACGCCUCCUCGCCGGUCCAGCCGCCGCCGCCGCCGCAGCCGCAACCCCCGCAACCGAGUCUGCCCUCGGCGCCGGCCGCGGCCGGGCAGAUCGCCUCCAACGGCUCGCUCAACGAGGAGGCCGAGAGAUACUGCCGGAACUGCGACAUCAGGUUCAGCUCGCUCAAGACGUACCGGGCGCACAAGACGCACUACUGCAGCACGAGGCACGUGGUCAAGGACACGCCGCCCACGCCGACGGCCGGCGUCUCCUCGCUCAAGGGCUCGCCGCCGACGAGCUCGAGCCCCGGCGACUCGCCGCCGCCGCAGCCCUGCCUCGCCCUGCCCACCAACCCCAUCCUCAUCGUGCCGUACUCGCUGGUGCGCGGCGCCUCGGUCCUAGCGGCCCCGGGCCUGCCCGCGCCCGACACCCCCUGCUUCCUCCUGCCGAACGGCACGCUCCAGCCGAUGACCCGGGGACUCACCGCCACGACGCCCACGCCCACGAGCGUCUCCUCCGCUGUCAUCAUGGAGGCGCCCACGAUCAGCUCGAGCGUGCUCCGGGCGGCGAACAAGCCCGCCACGCCGCUGGCCCUACCGCCCGUCACCGCGCACUCGCCCAACUCGGCCGCCUCCGCGCCGCUCGACCUCAGCAUGAGGAGGUCACCGGAUCACGAAAAGGAGAACCGAGUCUCGCCGCUGCCGUCGUCGCUGCCUCCUCCGCCGAGCAGCCCGAGGUCCAGGGGCAGCGCCAGUCCGCGCACGAGGUCUCUGCCGACGGCACAGGCGCCCGACCGGAUUCCCCCUACGCCUCCCACUGAGCUGGCCCUCAGGCUCGCGGAACUGCCGCCGCCUCCCGUCCCCGGCGUCCUCGUCAAGCAGGGAGUCUCCAGAUGCAAGGAGUGCAACAUAGUGUUUUGCCGACACGAGAACUUUGUCGCCCACAAAAAGCACUACUGCCAGGCUCGCGAGACCAGCGUGACGAGUCCACCGCCGGCGGGUACUCCCUCGCCUCCCCUCGUCCAGCUGAUCUGCGCCGCUUGCGGUAUCAAGUUCGCCUCGAUGGACAAUCUCGUGGCCCAUCAAGCCUUCUACUGUCCAAAGAGACCCGACUCCCAGGAGCAUCAUUCGCGGUGUCCGAAAUGCAAGACGAUGAUCGAACCGGGUGCCUCGCACACGUGUACGAGCGGGCAGACCGGUGGUUGGAGGUGUCCCGUCUGCGGAGCGGUGAGUCCGACCGCGGGAGCGGCGCAACGUCACAUGGACGCGCAUCAGGGUGUCAAGGCUUUCCGGUGUACGAUUUGCCAAUACAAGGGUAACACACUCAGAGGCAUGAGGACGCACAUCAGGAUGCACUUCGAGAAGCGCGGAGCUGAUCUGCAGGAAGAGAACUACAUAACGUACGUGUUGGAAAAUGACGUGACGGCCCCAACGCCAGAACCGGCCCCGGCCACCACACCCGAGGAGAUCUCCUCGGACACGCAACAAGUCAACGGCAAGAGCGAAUCAGUCGUUCGCAAGAGUCCGCAGCCCGCGCCGCCCGCGACCUCGCCAGCCGCUUCGCCAUCACCGGCGGCCCCGUCGCCCGCAGCAGCGGCCAGUGGCAAAGUGAAACAGGAACGCGAGGACACGCCGCCCCCGGAGGAGAGUCUCGACGCGACCAAAGCCGGACCGUGCUACUGUCGCUCCUGCGAUAUCAGCUUCAACUAUCUCAGCACCUUUAUCGCUCACAAACAGUUCUACUGCUCGAGCCACGCUGGCGAGGCGAGCAACAACAACAAUAACAACAACGCGGCAUCGGCACCCUCGCCUGCCACCACAACUCCGCCUGCCAGUGGACGCACCGAGGCAUCCGUACUUUAAAGCCGUCGCAAGCUCCAUUUCGUUUAGAAAAAGGAAUCGUCUGACGGUUCCGAGAAAACUUUCUUUUUAUCUUUUUCAGGAGUAACGUUUCGCGUCGAAAUAUAUGGGUAGUUGUCAGAGAGGUUCUUUUAAUGUUGAAAACGAGAAUGCGCUUCCGAAGAAAAUUUGAUUUAUUUUUAGCUCUCUGAUAGCGUACUCCAUGCAGUGGCUGGUGUUGAAAAUAAAUUGCCCUGACUUAGAUUAUGCGCAAUCGGCGGUGUCUCGUUUUUAAAAUCUCAUGGAUCUCAUUUAAAUGAACUUCACUUGAAUUGUACACGCGAUUUUUACUUUUAAUAUCUCAAUCACGAAUAUUUAAUUGAAGCGCUCGCCGUCUCGGCAGCGCCAUAGGACUGUUAUUUGUUGCCAGUUUAUGUAUACAUUAAAGAAUAUUAAUUACCCGUUUAGUUGAAUAACGAUAAACACUGAGUGAUUUCUUUUCGUUGAUCCAGGGAAUUGUUCGUAACGUCUAAGAUUCGAAUUACCAGCAAAGCAAUGUAUAUACGGCAUUAUGUUUUACUAACGACGUGCAAAUUUUAGACGUUUGCACGUCAGCCAAGGGAAAACCUAUUAGGAUUAUAGUACUGUUAUAUCGAGCUGUACAUAAAACUGACUAGCGAAGGAGAAUGUGAGAGCGAACUAGAGAAUGCGCGAAAACCAGAGAGUGAGAGAAAUGAAUGAAUAUGAUCUCCGAUUCAGAAGCAUUAUAGCGAGAACUCAAAAAGCAUUUUCCUUUGAGUUUUUAUAAAACAGAAAAAAAAAUGAAUUAGUAAAAUUGUUACUAAAAUUUUUCGUGUAAAUAGUAGUUUUCUUACAUAUUUGGUUCGUUUAAAACGUUUACAAGUAUGUAUAAAUAAUAUUAUUUAAAAGACAAAAAUUUUCUCAACUUUUAGUGUCAUGUAUAAAAUUCUUGAUUGACUAAACGAGUCUCGUAUUAAUUUUAUAAUGAGAACCUAAAACUCCUGUUGAAAGUGGAAACACUAUAAAGGUGUGCAAUCUCAUGACUCUUGAAUAAUCUCGUAGCAUAAUAAAUACCUUAUAGGUUCGAAGGAAGUUAAAAAUGGCCGAAUGUAAAAUGUUGUACAGUAGAGGAGUAGAGUAUUAAAAUCGUAGAAAAACACGAUUCUGAAUGAUACCAAUCUCAGUUUGUGAAUCUGUUAAGUUAUGUUGCAAUAUAACAUUUAAUAUAUUAUUAUAUGAUAAUGGAUAACUACGCGCAUCCCAAUAAUACAAAUGCGCUCGGACUCUCAAGCAUUGGGAAAGCGAUUUCGCUUGUUCGUCGCACUCGUUGGAAAAGUCUCCGGAAAAUCUCAGAUCGACUCUACUUGUCAUGAUAUUUUCUUGUUAAUGAGUAAACCUUUUUUACGCAAACUAAAUUAACGUCUUUCAGACUCGACUGGGACAUUUCGGAGACUAAAAAUAAAUAAAGUUCGAUUUUUUUUAACUAGUUAACCGUUUUCAGUUGUAUACAUGGCGAAAUCACGAGUACCUUGUUUUGGAGAGGUGCAAAUGUAUAAAUUAGAUAUUAAGGCCAGUGUUACAUGUAUACGCAGUGUACUACUCAUAUCAUAUGAUGAAAAAUCAUGGAAAUUCAUAAAUUUCUUCACGCGAACAUUUUGCGAUGACACUAUUUCUCAUGCGGCGUGAGUGUUGACAAUGAAUUUGAGCGAGAAGACGAAAAAAGUGGAAGCGCGACGAAGAAAAUAAAGCAAAUGUGCGCCAGUAUCGAUCGAUUGUGAUAUCAAUUAAUUAUUCUAUAAACUCGUGGAACGAAAGAUUAUAGCUUAGCGACCUGCAGUGGAAGUUAACGCAAUGUAUGGAUUGAUCGCUAAUGGAGUGUACUCUGGGCUAAAAUAAUUAAGCAUAUGAAAUUUGAUAUUAUUUUAUUGAAAAUCUCUUGGUUUAUUGUUUACGAAUUCAAGGAGCAGAGUACGCCCAUCACGAAAUUCAAUGAAUUACGCUGUUAUAAAAGCAUUUCUCGAUUUUGGCAUGUGUGAUUACCCCCCUCCUCCCCCCCCCCCUCUGUAACGACCUACUCCUUUUCUCUCCGUCAAAGUCUCAACAUUUUAGACUUGCGUUUAUUGUUUUUAUUUUGAUAGAUGAAUUUUACACAAGAUUAUAUAAAUAUGUAAUAAAUAUAUAAACAAAUAAAACUCUGCAACAUUUAA